AUGGCAAAUAUUGGUGUAAUUUUGAUGAUUUUCUCAUUGAUCAUAGCCAUGUCAAGUGUCCAUGCUAAAUCCCAGAUGUCCAAACAAGAAGAAGCAUGGUUUCGAAACCUCUGCCGAGGUAAGAAAAAGGUAACCAAGUUGCAUUUUUAUGUACAGGACGAACUGUCCGGUCCCAAUAAAACUGUUUAUGAAGUAUCCCGAUCAAACAUUACUUCGAUAUCUCCAACAUCUUUCGGUCAGGUUCGUGUUUUAGAUAACUUAAUGACAGCUGGUCCUGACCGAAAUUCGACGGAAUUGGGUAGAGCACAAGGGCUCAUUACUUUUGCUGACUUGAAAGAAUCGGCCUUGGCGAUGAACAUGAAUUUUGUAUUCACAUCGGGGAAGUAUAAUGGUAGUACACUUUGCCUUUUGGGGAGAAAUCCGAUAUUGGACAGGGAUCGUGAGCUGCCGAUUGUUGGUGGUUCCGGUGUUUUCCGAAUGGCACAGGGAUAUUCUAUUUCGAAUACUUAUUCGUACGAUCCUGUUGCGGAUUAUGGUAUUUUGGAAUAUACAAUUUCUGUCACUUAUGUUAAGGAAUCUGAUGAUGAGAAGCUCACAGAGUUUCAUUUCUACCUACAUGACGUCGUAAGUGGCCGGAAUCCGACUAAUAUUCCAAUGGCUAUGGCCAACGCCGCCACCAAAUCACCCACAUAUUUCGGCCUAAUCGCCGUCAUGGAUGACUUAAUAACAGAAGGACCUGAACCCGAUUCCAAGGUUGUGGGUCGAGCCAGUGGGCUCUUCGGGUCGUCUUCACUGCGAGAAGUAGGGUUACACAUGACGUUCAAUAUUGUGUUCACAGAAGGAAAUUAUAAUGGUAGUACGCUAGCUGUAAAUGGGUACAAUCCUUUUAAUAAUCGUUAUCGGGAACUGCCGAUAGUUGGCGGCUCAGGUGUUUUCAGGCUGGCACGCGGUGUCGCAACCCUAGAAAAUGUUUGGUAUAAUAGUACCUCCGGUGAUGCUCUUGUUGAGUACCAUGUCAUGGUGUUGCAUUAUUGA